AUGGCCAGUAAUCCAGUGGUACAGUAUGUUAUUGUUCGAGGUGACUUAAUAACCAAAUUGUCAUGGCCGCUGGGCGCAGUUAUAGCUCAGGCGUGCCACGCGAGUACCUCGGUCAUCCACUUGUUUUACAAAGACAACAUGACACAGGAGUAUCUCAGAGAUCUCGACAGAAUGCAUAAGAUUGUCUUAGAGGCCAAGGAUGAGGAUAGUCUCAACAAACUGUCAGAAGUUCUCAAAGCAGAAAACAUUGACCACAAGCUGUGGAUAGAGCAACCAGAAAACUUCCCUACCUGCCUGGCAGUCAAGCCAUACAGGAAAAAUGAUGUGCAGAAGUUUUUUAAACAAUUUAAGCUGUUAAAAUAG